AUGCGAACAGAUACAGAUAGAGUUUGUUAUGAUUACACAACUAAAGACCUAAGAAAGAAGGCAGCGAAACAUCUAGAUCAUGUCGUAGAGUUACAGAUUAUAGCAUAUGCUCUCAAUAGCUUACCUUGUGAAUUAAGGACAGAGAUUACAAAAAUACUCGAAAGCUAUAAACCAGAACCAACACCACCACCACCACCACCACCACGAAGAUUCACCAAUAUCGAUACCGAAAGUAUUUCCACUAUUUCAGCAUCAGCAUCAGCAUCACAACUAAAAUCACAACCAAAAUCAAAAUCAAAAAAAAACACAAAAGGCGGUUAG